AUGGCAGGUGUUCCUUAUGCAUAUGCAGUAGGUUCAUUGAUGUAUGCAAUGGUUUGUACUCAACCUGACAUUGCUUAUUCAGUAAGCAUGGUUAGUAGGUUCAUGUCAAAUCCUGAAAAAUCUCAUUGGCAGGCAUUGAAGGGGAUUCUUAGGUACAUUAAAGGUUCACUUGGAAAGGGUCUCGUGAUUGGUGGAGCUGAUGGUAAACAUGACAAGUUAGUUGUUAUUGAAGGGUUCGUGGACUAUGAUUUUGUUGGUUGUCUAGACACUAGAAAAUCUUUAACAGCCUAUGUGUUCACUGCAGUUGAGACUGCAAUUGCUGGAAAGCUAGUCUACAAAAGUCAGGUUGCGAUGGGUAUUGGUGUUCAUGAGUUAGAUGUUGUCCAAUUAGUACUUGAGAUUAAAGUAAUUCUUGAUAUUCAAAAGAGGAGUGCCAAGCCUGGAGUAGCUUUCAAGUCUCCUUUCAGGAAUGACUGUGGACCUUCAAAUGCUGGAGUUGUUUUGUAG